AUGGGCCUCAUCACGAAAGCGAAGAGCGCGCCACGCUCCGACAGCGGCGCAGGCGGCGGCGUCAAGUACAUCUGCAACGUCUGCAGCAACGACAUCACCGCGACUGUGCGCAUCAGAUGUGCCGACAAGCAGUGUCCGGACUAUGACCUCUGUGUGCCGUGCUUCGCGUCCGGCGCGUCGAACCUCCACCACGUUCCGCAAGCACACAGCUUCCAGGUCAUCGAGCCGCACAGCAUCCCCAUAUUCGACCAGGGAUGGGGCGCAGACGAAGAGUUGCUACUGCUAGAGGGCGCAGAGCAGUAUGGACUGGGCAGCUUUGCGGAUAUUGCCGACCACAUCGGUGGCUUCAGAGAGAAAAAUGAGGUGCGAGAUCACUACAUCAAGACCUAUGUUGAAUCCGCCAAAUUCCCGCUGCCAGAGCGCGCAAGCCCGACAGACAAGAGCUUGAGCGAGGCGAUACCGCGGGAGGAGUUUCAGCAGCGGAAGAAGAGGCGGAUAGAGGAGCGCAAGCAGGCAAUAGCCGACUCGGCGCAAACACAACCCCCGCCCACCAAGCCAACAUCCUCAAUACCCAGCUGCCAUGAGGUCGCAGGCUUCAUGCCAGGUCGCCUGGAAUUUGAGAACGAGUACUUUAACGAGGCAGAAGAGGCAGUACAGCACAUGCAAUUCUCACCCGAUGAAGGUCUCAAUCCCAGCAAGGACCCACCUGGAUUCGAUCCGGAGACGGAGCUCAAGAUGGUGGUCAUGACCAUAUACAACGAUCGACUCACAGCAAGGACGGACCGGAAGCGAGUCAUCUUCAAUCACAAGUUGUUAGACUACAGGAAAAACACAGCGAUAGACAAGAAGCGGACGAAAGAGCAGCGAGACCUACACAACAAGCUCAAGCCUUUCGCGCGGAUAAUGUCCCACCCAGACUUUGAGACCUUUACGAGCGACCUCGAGAAAGAGCAGAAUCUCCGACAGGCUAUCACACAACUCCAGGAAUGGCGGCGGAUGCGGAUAUCGACACUUGCGAAUGGCGAGAAGUACGAGACCGACAAGGCUGCACGGUUAGCACGAGCCAUGCCCCAGCCAGGGCAGUUCGACCGCCUGGCGAACGGCAUCCCACGACAGAAGCAACAAGUGAAAGAUGCACCUGAAGUAGCUCCGGCAGUUGUCGAGUACACCACUUCUGCCAAUCUUCCCGUGCGGCUACAUCCCAGCGCCGCUCAAACAAACGGCGUACAGCCUGGACACACACCUAAGCGACCUCCCCUCCAGCCCAUACCUAAUCUCAGCCCCGCCAAUUGGGAUGAAGAGUCGGCACCCGACUGGCAGCUCCUGCUGCCAGAAGAGCAGGAGCUUUGCAAUAAGCUGCGGCUUCAUCCCAAGGCGUAUAUGUGUAUCAAGGAUGCGGUGCUUAGGGAAGCGAUGAAGAACGACGGGAAGCUUAAGAAGAAGAACGUCAGGGAGAUCAGCAAGAUUGAUACCACCAAGGGUGGGAGGUUGUUCGAAUUCAUGUGUUCGAUGGGCUGGCUGGAGAACGCGGCGAAGUCAUAA